CACUGAUGCACACUGAUAGGCGGCACUGAUUGGCAGCACUGAUAAGUGGCACUGACUGACACUGAUGGGUGACACUGAAAGGCAGCUCAGAUGGGCACUGAUAUGUGGCAUUGAUGUGGCACUGAAAUGUGGCACUGAUGGGCACUGGCAGGUGGCAUGGAUGAGCACUGAGAGCUGGCACUGAUGGACACUGACUGGUGGCGCUGCUGGGGCUACACAGAUCAUCAGGGCACACUGAUCAUCACUGUCAGCAUGACAGCUCGUGGGGAGAGAGAUGCCAAUAACUG